AUGUCUCCACAAAGCAAGAACACUCGAAUCGAGAAUCUCACCAAUCGUCGAGUCGAUCUGGUCGUGGACGAAUACGAAGCAGCCGGCAGAUUCAACGAGCAGUCAAGCUCGCCACUCUUCUCGGUCCUGCCUCGUGAGCUUCGUGAUAUCAUCUGGGAAUAUGCUACUGCACCAUUCGAAGACCAGAGCCAGAAGUUCGACGAAAACACGUACUACUAUCGACCAGGUCAUACCGCUCGAUUGAAGUCGCAUACCGCCCUUUUGCUGACUUGUCGUCGGGCAUGGCUCGAGGCCAAUGCAAUGCCUAUGCUUCAGGCAGAGCACUCAUAUUACUAUCAUCGUGAAGCUCCGGAUCGUCGUGAUACUGCAUGGACUGCUGGUUUGACGGCUCUCAAUAGACGGAAUUUCGGCCACCUUCAUCUAUUCGUGCAAAUGUUUGCUAUCAGGAGCCUUAAUUGCGAUCCAGGCCGACUGCGAAAAUACUUCCUUGAGACCGCACCAGUGGAAGGCGACUUCCAACCUCGAAUGCUGCACGUGACUCUCCGCCACACGGACUGGUAUUGGUGGGAGAGUGAUCAGCCUCUAGAUCUACAUGGAAGCUGGGUUCAGCAUAUCCUCAAUUCUCCAGAUCUACGCAGUACCCACACCUUCAAGCUGGAACUAGAGACACUUGAUUACAAGAUUGAUCAACUGAACGCCAUCAUACAGCGUAUCAAGACGUUCGAAAGCGACGAGAAAGAAACCCACAUCGUUAAUGGCAAGCCGACGACAACGAAGUUCGUACUGGUCGAUCGUCAAGACUCCUACACCUGGGAAGGACCUACCAACAUCAACAAUGGCAAUUUUGCACCAUACGACGGCAAAGACAAGCUCAAGUACCACGUCAUAACAUUGACAUGGAAACUCACGUUCCCAAAGAUUCCGACGGCCUUCGUACCAGAACUACGUCGAGCGCGCCGGAUCCAAGAGGCGGAUAUUACCCAUCCAAGCCUCAGGAUCCCCACUCUGUACAUUGCCGAUACCCACCGCCAUUGGAUCCCGUACAUGCAUGGUCAACGCGGACGGCUGUACCACCAAAUGCGAAGCGGAACCGUGCGGCAGUUGCCCGGCUGGGCGAUCUGGGGUCGAAUGCAAAAUCUGGCUGUAGAAGUGUUGCGUAUAUCGCAGAAGCAAGACGAGCUUGCUGAGGAGGUUAGGCGGUUGCAGUUCGUGGAGAGAAAGGGUGCGAGUGCGAGGGAGCAGUACCGGCAGAGGUGGGCUAGUGAAGGAUCUUUGCUUCGGUUGACGGAUGACCCGGUCGAGUAG